AUGUUCUACAACAACGUUUCCAACCGAUUCGCCUUCUCGAAUUCUGCAACCAAGAUUUCUCGCGUCAUCUCAACUUCUGACAGUCCUUCGAAGCCAAGCAUCAGCGUCGAUGAAGAGCCGACUCGUAAGAUGACAGGUACUGCCGGAGGAAUGCAGACCAGGACUAAGCGCCAUACACGAGCUAAUUCUCUUGAUGUCUUCCUCGCGCUAGAUUUUGACGAGUUUUCCCUCUCACCAUCACCAUCGCUGUCGUCUCGCGCUGUACUUCCAAUCGGUGUGGAGGAUCUUAAGCACGCCCCCCUGAUUGACGGGUGCAUUGCGAGGAUGCUCAGUGAAAUGGAGGACGUUAAGAAGUCAUCCCCAAGCUUUCGCACAACACGCAUUCGAGGUGAACACAACAACCGCAACGGCUUCGUCUCAGCAUUGCGUCGCUAUCCCAUUCAGACAGUCUUCGCCCGCUAUGUCACCAUGUACGAUCUCGAAGCAGUGGCGUGCACGUCUUCGGCGAUUUCAAACUCUUUGAACCUAAAGGAGACUAGGGAGAUGUGGGAGGCCAAAGUCAAGAAUGAUAGGGGUGAUAAGGCGAGGAAGACUACAAGGCGCGAGUCGUACUACAAAGCGCUCGAAAACAUGCCUGAGCCUCGAAAGCGGACGCUAGAUGGAGAUGAACAGGUCGCCUAUGUACCAUCGUGGCGUCCCCAGUCGCGGGGACCCAAAAGGGUCAAGGCGGUAUCUGGACAUGUGUAA